AUGUAUAGGUUUCAAUACACACAAUUUAAGAGUCACAAAAUUCCGACAAAUCCAGCUGGUCUUAUUGAGUAUAGGGCACACCCCUUCUGGAUGCAAAAGUAUUGUCCUUCACAUGAGCGUGAUGGAACUCCUCGGUGUUGCAGUUGUGAGCGAAUGGAGCCGAAAGAUACAAAAUAUCUCAUUCUUGACGAUGGUCGAAAAUUGUGUCUUGAAUGUCUCGACUCAGCCAUUAUGGACACUCAUGAAUGCCAACCACUGUACAUUGAUAUACGUGAAUUUUAUGAAGGCUUACACAUGAAAGUGGAACAGCAAAUUCCUAUGCUCUUGGUCGAGAGAUCAGCUCUAAACGAAGCUAUGGAGGGAGAGAAACACGGACAUCAUCAUUUACCUGAAACUAGAGGACUUUGUUUGUCUGAAGAACAAACUGUGACCACGGUGUUAAGGAGACCAAGAAUUGGGGCAGGCUACAAGUUAAUAGACAUGAUCACGGAGCCUUGCAGGCUGAUACGCCGCUGUGAAGUCACUGCAAUUCUAAUUUUAUACGGACUUCCUCGUUUAUUAACUGGGUCAAUCCUUGCUCAUGAGAUGAUGCAUGCGUGGCUUCGACUAAAUGGGUAUCCAAAUCUUAGACCAGAAGUGGAAGAAGGUAUAUGUCAGGUUUUAGCUCACAUGUGGUUGGACUCUGAGACUUACGCUGGCUCUACAUUAGUAGACAUCGCAUCUUCCUCUUCUUCAACAUCAUCCGCUGUGAUUGCAUCAUCCAAGAAAGGUGAGAGGUCUGAGUUUGAGAAGAAACUUGGUGAGUUUUUCAAGCACCAAAUCGAGUCAGAUUCUUCAUCGGCAUAUGGGGAUGGGUUCAGGCAAGGUAACGCGGCAGUUCUUAAGCAUGGUCUGAGGCGAACCCUCGACCAUAUACGCUUGACGGGUACAUUUCCUUAAAGGGGAUAUAUAAACUUUAAAGAGAGAAGAAGAAAGCAGCUCUGUUUUAGUUUUUUUACUUCUUAGAGUAUACUGAAAAGAAAAAGAAGCAAAAUGUAUAGGUUUCAAUACACACAAUUUAAGAGUCACAAAGUUUCCACUCUUUAAAGUAAAAAUUACCUACAUAUUAUGGCUAAGACUUCCAUGAACUUUCGCAUGGUUCCAAAUUCUAAAUAGGAUGAUCGUUGCACAA